GGUUGCGUGCCCCCACCACAUCACAGCAGCGGAGGCCACGCAAAAUAAACUUGACCACUUCCUCUCCCACAACCCUCGAGCCUUUCUCCCCAGCGCCGCCCCAUUUCCGGGAAGCUCGCUCGUCCGCCAUGGAGGACGCAGAAGAAAAUUCCAUGUUCGAGACCAGCCAUGUCCUCGGCGCGUUGCUGGCCUCCUCGCCGCUGCUGGCGCGCGCCUGGGACCGGUGCGUGGCCGCCGCCGCGAUGGGCGCCGCCUCUUCCGGGUUCGCGCACGGCGACGGCGGCGGGGACGGGGGCACGGUGUACGUGGCCUUCUCCGGGCUGCAGGCCGCGUUGUCGGUGGCGGGCCCGGCGGUGGCGAGCGGCGCCGACGUCUUCGCGCCGGUCGGCCUCGCCGGCGACGCUGCCGGGGCGCGGGCCUUUCCGCAGCUGGCGGCCGCCGAGCCGGACGCAGCCGCUGCCGUGGAGCGUGUCGCCGUGCAGGCGCUGGCUCUCCGGUGCUUCUUGAAAUUGUGCGGCUCACCUGAGUUCCAGAUGCUGCUAAAUCAGAUCCGGGGCAAGGCGGUGGUGUUCACCGGCCACUCGCUCGGUGGAGCCAUCGCCGCUCUUGCGGCGCUGCACUACCUCUGCAUCACAUCGUUAAGCUCGCCAUGCAGUCCGUCUCCUCCUGUGCUGUGUGUCACAUUCGGGAGCCCACUGCUUGGCAACGAGGCCCUGUCCAGGGCCAUCCUGCGCGAGCGGUGGGGCGGCAACUUCUGUAACGUCGUCUCACAGCAUGAUGUCGUCCCGAGGCUCCUCUUCUGUCCCCUAGACGCUGUCCCUGUGCACGUCAUCAUCGGUAUGCAGCUGCAGCAAUGGGCAGGACACACUCAUAACACGGGUGUAAUGACCACUCGUGUUGUGGACGCUGAGCAGGAGGGGCUGCGUCAACUGAUACAGGCACAUGUCCGCAUGGUGGCCAUGGAACAGAAGCUCGUGGAUCCAGAGUCGCGAGGUGGGAGCCCGUAUCGUCCGUUUGGGGCCUACGUGCUGUGCUCGCCGGAAGGUGCAGUGUGCGUUGACAACUCAACAGCGGCAGUCCAGAUGCUCUAUGCCACAUUUGUCGCCUGUUAUGCGCAAGGCGACACAACAUCCCUGGGGGCCGCACACUCUUGCUAUGGCGAUCUUGUGCUGAAAAUGCCACAGAACUUGCUCCUCAAGCGGCGCCCACGUGCCAUGGACGUGUUGGCGUCCAUGUCCAACUCCAACUACGACGCUGGCAUCUCCCUGGCGAUGGAGGCCUCCGGCAUUGGCAGCGAGGCAAUGGAGGCCACGAUGACGCGAUACUGGCUGAAGGCGUCUAAGCGAGCGGGCCGCAGCCCAAGCCUGAACUGUGCGGGACUCGCAAUACGGCUGGGGCGGAUCACUCCAUGCCGGGCACAGGUCGAGUGGUACAAGGCAUCAUUCGACGGCAACAUGGGGUACUACGACGCAUUCAAGCAACGGAGGUCACCGAAGAAGUUCAACAAGGCCGACAUGUGUCGCAUCAAGCUGGGCCAGUUUUGGGAUGGUGUGCUCGCAAUGCUCGACAACAGCCAGCUGCCGCAUGACUUCCAUCGCCGGGCCAAGUGGGUCAACGCUGCCCGGUUCUACCAGCUUCUCGUCGAGCCACUGGACAUCGCACACUAUCACCGCAACAACCUCCACAGGACCAGAGGCGGCUACAUCACCCAUGGCCGUGACAGAAGGUAUGAGCUGUUCGACAAGUGGUGGAAGGAGAAGGGCGCCUUCACUGGCACGAGCACCGGCGACAUGGCUGCGACGGCAAGGAGCAAGUAUGCCGGGCUGACUCAGGAUCCAUGCUUCUGGGCAAGGGUGGAGGAGGCGAGGGAUCAGACUGAAAGUGCCCAGGCCGAGCAAGACGUGGCGAUGCUGGCAAUGAAGCUUGGGAGGCUGCGGGAGUUCGAGCGGUACGCCAGGGAGCUGGUGGAGGGCAAGGAGGUGUCCAUCGACGUCCUUGCGCCGCAGUCAAGCUACACCCUGUGGGUGGAGGAGUGGAAGAAGCUCUUGCUGAGAGACGAAGCCAGAGCAGCGUCGUUGUUUUAGUUAAUUAUUAGCUGGCAAAGCUCAAGAUUUUUACUUCAUUUUUGCCACUAGUUUUAGGUAACUUAGUAUAGCCCUCCUAUAGGUGGUUGUAAAUAUGCAUAGGCUUGCAGACUCGCGCAUUAUGUUUUGUCAGUUCUUCAUAUUGCAUCUUGAUGCUGAUUUAUUCAGUUGUUUCUUCUAGAGAAAAGGCGCCGAUUGAGCCCGAGAAGAGCUCGAACCUAGCCCGACUUUGAAUUAACAAAGCCAUCAGGUGGUUGUCAUUGUA